CACUAUUUGGCGUUUGUCAUUUUUACAAAAUCCGAAAUCGUGUCGUGUGCUUAAUUCGAGUUAAAUUGGACGCAUAUCUUUAAAAUUAAUUAAAAUGUCUGGCCGUGAAGGUGGCAAGAAGAAACCGUUGAAAGCACCAAAGAAAUCAUCAAAAGAGAUGGACGAUGAUGACUUGGCGCUAAAGCAGAAAUUGAAGGAACAACAAAAGGCAUUACAGGAAGCAAAAGCAAAGGCUACACAGAAAGGUCCUCUCACUCAAGGCGGUAUAAAGAAAUCGGGCAAAAAGUGACAAUCAAUCAAAAUUAAAUAUUAUAAUCUUUAGGUUUAAUUGUUUUUAAGUUCUUUUGGCUCCAUGAGCGAUAAGCAUUUUUUCCAUUCUAUAAAAAAUAUUGUCUAUGGUGUAACUAAAUAUGUCCAACACGGCACUGCCAUAGUUUUGGCUAUAUUGUAUAAUAUGUAAUCCGAAUGGGUGUACAAUAGUCCAUUAAAAUAAUUUAUAUACCUACUUGCAUUUUAUUAUUAAAUAAAAAGUUGUGAAAAUGUA